UGUGCUCAUGGAGAGAAGUCGUUUCCUCUUGUCAAUAACGUUGUUGCUGGUACACCACAGUUCUAUAUGUACAGUAGGUGCAACACAAACCAACAUCACCACAGACCAGUCUGCUCUUCUUGCUCUGAAAUCUCAUAUCACUAGUGAUCCUCACAACAUCUUGGUCAACUGGUCAACCACCACCUCCGUCUGCAACUGGGUUGGCAUUACUUGUGGUGCUCGCCACCUCAGAGUAGCAUCAUUGAAUCUCUCGUAUAUGAGUUUCACAGGCACCAUUCCACCACACUUAGGCAACCUCUCAUUCCUUGUUGCACUAAGCUUCAAAAAUAACAGCUUCCAUGGUAGUUUGCCCCAUGAAUUGUCUUAUUUGCGUCGCCUGAAGUUGAUUAGCUUCAGAUUCAACAAUUUUAUGGGAUCCAUUCCAUCGUGGUUUGGGUCCUUCCCCAAACUUCAAAGCUUCGAUUUGUAUGGCAAUCAGUUUUCAGGUACCAUACCUUCGACUAUCUUCAACUUGUCUACAUUGCAAGACAUAAAUCUAAGCGCUAACAAACUAUCAGGUGUGAUACCCAGAGAAAUAGGGAACUUAACAAUGUUGAAGGAGAUAUACCUUGACUCCAACAAUUUCAAUGGCCCUGUUCCUGUGGUUGUUGUCAACAUGUCUUCUUUGACUGAGUUGACUCUAUAUGACAACAGCUUGAGUGGUGGUCUUCCAGAUAAUAUAUGCCAACAUCUUCCUAGUCUUCAAAUCUUGAAUUUGGGUCGCAACCAGUUUGAUGGUCUACUUCCAUCCAAAUUAUGCCAUUGCAGAGAGCUUCUUUUCCUUAAUUUGGAGGAAAACAAUUUCAGUGGAAGCAUACCAAAAAAUAUUGGGAACUUAACAAUGAUGAAGCUUUUAUCCCUUGGCUACAAUACUUUGACGGGUAAUUGA